AUGAACAAAGGGGACGGUGGGUGCGAUGACGGUCUAUUCCAUGAUCUGCAGAUUGAAAAGACGAGGUCUGAUAUCAAAGUUCUACUCGCAUUCUUGGAUGCCAAAUAUGCCAAAAACAUUCAAGACGAAGAGAAUCGACAUAAGAAAAGCCCACCCACCGCGACAUUCGAAAUGCUUUGGAUGCUCCUGGAUCCUGGAACAAGGGUCUAUACCGAUAUUGACGGCGAGCCAGCGGCUUUUGUCAUCAGAUCUGCUAGCACGAACAAGGCGAGUAACUCAAGUUGGUACAGAGUGGAACUAUGGUACCUAGAAUUUUAUGGCGACAAGUUCCGUUCCUUUCGCCACAAAUCGUACAAAGGAAGGGUCGUUCUCAAUCCCACGUCAUACUGGUCAUACGGUGAUACCGAAGAGGCUCCACCGCCAAUUGGAGACCUGGACGAUGAUGAGUCAGGAGUAGACGGAAAGUGGAGUACCUACGAUGACAUUGACCCUAGAGAUGAGAUGCUUUUCCCACGGAAGAUCAUGGGCUUCGUACUCAAGAAUAGAGAAUGGGAGGAACUGAAAAUCAACCACGUCUCGCGAUAUGAGCCCACAGGUAAUGCAAUCAAGAACCUCGUCAUGGAUGAUAGACACCGGAAGUUAGUCGAAGUCCUCACCUGCAAAUAUAAAGAUCAAGAGAAAGAUCGGAGAGAGGCAUGGAAUGCGGAUUUCAUCCGAAGCAAAGGCGAAGGUCAGACAUUCCCACCGCACGGACCUCCGGGUGUAGGCAAGAUUUACACUGCCGAAUGCAUCGCUGAGAUAAUUCGUGAGUGUCUCCGAGCCCAGAUUGAGGACCCGUGCAUUAAGUCAUCGCAAGUGUUCAAAGAGUACUUGACCAAGUUCAGAGGGGACGGGGCCCGUCGUGCGCUACAGGCGCAGGCACGUAUGGAAAAGAAGAAGGAUAUGACGGCUGAGAGAUCUUUGCAUGAGACGAGAGAAAUGGCCGCUCGACCUCGCAAGGUUUGA